GUGAUAACCAGCGUUAUGCAUCUGUCAGAAAAUAUUACUGGUGUGAUGAUAUUGACAUUUGGAAACGGAACGCCUGACAUCUUCACGUCUCUCGUAUCCCGUAGCGAGGAUACUAUAAUCAUGUUCACGGAAUUGAUAAGCGCGGGCAUCUUUGUGACAACGAUAAUCGCGGGUUCCAUUGCCCUGGUCAAGCCUUUUCGUAUAUAUUUUAAGCCUUUGAUGAGAAAUACAUGCUUUUACGUAGCGGCACUCUGCUGGAUAACUUAUGUUGUGCAGGACGAGAGAGUUUAUCUAUGGGAAGCCAUAAGCUUCAUUCUCCUCUACGUUCUCUUCAUUGUCGAUGUCGUGAUAAUGCAAUGGCGUGAUACUCGAGAGGAAAAAGUGAAAAGUAGAAUCCCAAGCGUACAGGAUCCAGAUGUAUUACAUGCUUAUCUGCUGAACAAAGAUACGGACGCUAUCGCCAUCUCACGGAUUCCCACGAGGAGCCGUCCUUUUGGCUUCCGAGCCAAACUCGACGUCGCAAGAUUCAUUGAAUUGAAGAGAGUACGAUUUCGUAAUGAUGGCAUUAAAAUUGAGAGAGAAGUCGAUGAUAUAUCCGAACGACCAAGAGGCCUUUUCAAAGAAUUUCUCUACGACAUUAAUCCGAUUUCGAGAGAGGAUUGGAAACAAGCGAACCAAUUCUUUAAGAUCAUCCUGGUUCUAUGUUCACCGGUUAGGUUUCUCCUACAAUUAUUUAUACCCGUUGUAAACGUUACGGCAGAAAAGAGAGGUUGGUCCAAGCUGCUAAAUUGCUUCCAGCUGUGUGUGACACCGACGGUGGCGUUGUUUCUAUUAAACGUCUGGCAAUUGAAGAUUGGCAAGGUGCCGAUAUUACCGAUAUUCUUCGCUUCUAGCACACUAAUUGGUGUAAUUGUGUUUCUAACGACCAACGUGGAUCGCAUACCGAAGUAUCAUAAUGCUUUCGCGUUUUUUGGAUUCUUGAUCGGCAUGCUGACAGUUUAUUUCGUGGCUAGAGAAAUAAUGGCCGUGCUAGGAUGCAUUGAAUUCGCCUGUGGUAUUUCAAAAGCCAUGCUGGGAAUCACGUUUCUUGCCUGGGGUAAUAGCAUCGGGGAUUUAAUAUCCAAUACAAUGAUAGCUCGUCAAGGAUUCUCAAAGAUGGGUUAUAUGGCCUGUUUUGCCAGUCCUAUAUUUAAUACUUUAUUGGGACUGGGAUUGACUUAUGGUAUAGAGGCCGCAUAUUCUUCGGAUUUAAAGGCGAAAAUUCGUGUGAGCAACAUGGCACCGGGAUGUCUAACAUUUCUAUUCUGUUCGCUAUUGACUACGAUCAUUUACAUGAACAUUACAGCAGCGACUGCACGGCGUUCCUAUGGAUAUCUUCUUUAUUCGUUGUAUUUGGUUUUCAUUCUCAUUCAGUUUCUCAGCGAGUUCCACGUUAUUCAUCCCCUUGGAACGGAUCAUCGUGCGGACGAGCCGGACGGCCGAUGAAUAAUCGAACGUUAUCUCCAGAGCAUUCUCUCUGGAGCAUAAUGCUAUCCUACGAAAUGUUAUAUGGAAAUGGUGAUGCGUUUUUCUUUUUUACGUAUUCUUUACAUUAAUGGUAUGCCUAUGGAUUUGAUCGAUGUCGAUGAAAUUACCAUGAUGAUAGAAAUAUGAGAGAAUAUUUGUAUUUGUCCGUAUGUACUUACUGUGAUCAAACCGGAGAAUAAA